AUGCUCUCGAAGACCCUCAUCGCGCUUACGGCCUUCUCGACCGUCGCGCUCGCCUCGCCCAGCCCCGGAGUCGGCGUCAACGUCGUCAAGCAGGCAAACUACAACGAAGCGGAGAAGGCGGCCAAGAUCUCGCUCAAGGAGAUCUGCUACCGCAACUUGUACGCCGACGUCUCCAACUACAAGGUCAAGUACGCCAAGGAGGUCCUCGCCAAGGACGGCUUGAAGGGCAAGAGCGGCGUCUACAAGCGCAGCAAUCUCGGCGGCGGCCUCGACGGCGGAAAAUUCAGCCAAGGCGCUUUCCUCGACGGAUGGGGUCCGAUCGACGCCUUCGACGGUGGAUACGGUGGCAAGGGACUCGGACUCGGCUACGGCGGUGGAUACGGUGGCGGAUACGGCGGCAAGGGUCUCGGUCUCGUCGGUGGUGCGUACGGCGGCAAGGGCUUUGUCGGCUCGGGCUACGGCGGCGCUGCGAAGCAGGGCCACGCCAACGAGUGGGCCGACGCCGACCACUACAACAACGGCGCCAACUACGCCAAGGCCAACCACGCCGGCGCCGAGCAGGACUUUGGCCACAACAAAGAGUACAACCACGUCGACGGCGCCUACGACCGCGCAAAGGGUAACGCCGAGGAGUACAACGCCGCGAAGGCGUACGGUGGCAAGGCGGCCCACGCCAACGCUGAGAACGCCGGCGCCGAGGCGGCGGAGCACGAAGCGAAGAACUCUGGCUACGGCUCCGCCUACGGCUCGAAACUCGGCGGCUACGGCGGCGGAUACGGCGGCGGAUACGGCGGCUACGGUGCCAAGGGCCUCGGCGGAUACGGCGGAGGAUACGGCGGCUACGAGGGCGUCAAGCCUGUCGGCGGCUACGGCGGUGGCUACGGCGGCUACGGCUACGAGGGCGUCAAGCCUGUUGGCGGAUACGGCGGCGGAUACGGCGGUUACGAGGGCGUCAAGGGCGGCUACUCGGGCUACUGA